GAUCAGCGAGAAGCGAGACAUGGUACUCAUCGAGAACAGGAACCAUCUCGAGUUCCUCCAGAAGAGAUUUUACACCACCAGGAGAGGCGAGUCCCCCCUCAGGAUACAGGAGGAGUGCCUGGCUACCUUCGGCGUCAGUGCGGUUCUCAACAUGCAGUCCCCUCUAACACCCUACGUGGAUAAGGCCAUCCACUACAUGCAGGCCGGGGGGUUGACAGACAAGAUGUUCAAGGAGGUGUUGACACAAGGCCUCCAAUCCACCGUUGAUGAUGGCCUCCACGACGACGAGGACGACGACCGACCCUCCUGGCUGAGUCUCCACGACCAGGACCGCAUUGCCAGUGGUCCUCAGGUGCUGACGGUGGAGCACAUGCAGGGGGCGUUCAUCGUGCUGGGUGUAGGUUACCUGGCCGCCGUCCUCAGCCUUGUGACAGAACUGGCAUCCAGGUGUUGUGCUUCGUGAGUCUCUUUCCUCCAUACGACGCAUUAAGGAAUACUACCUUGACCCAACCUGACACCAUAC